AUGAGGAGAAAAGGCUUCAGGUGUGACACACCCAUCACCAACCUGAACUUCUGGCACACUGCUGCUAGUGAGUCCUGCUGCUGCUGCUGCUUGGAUUCUUCAUCACAACAAGAAUCCGUGUUUCAGAAAUGCGAGGGGAGAUCAGCGUGCGAUGUCUUAGCCAGCAGCGCUGUGUUCGGAGAUCCCUGUGUUGGGACCUACAAGUACCUGGAGGUGCUAUAUCUAUGUGAAAAAACCCUCCAUUCCCUGGUUGAAGGCACACUGCUGCUAGUGAAUCUGGUUUCUGCUGCUGCUUUGAUUCUUCAUCACAAGAUGAUGAAAUUUGUUCUUUUUACUUUGUUCCUUUGUGGAUUCAUCCUGAAAAUCAAUGGAAAAAGUUCAUCAGGAGCAUGGCUCCCAGAGAAAAAAUCCCUUGUUGCCUGUGAAGGAACAGUGGCUCGACUCCACUGUGAAGAAGGUCAGGCUAUCUAUGUGACCAGUGCUACAUACGGACGCACUGAUAAGAAGACGUGCAGCGCUGGUAGACCGGCCGACCAGCUAGAGAACACUGAAUGCUUCACAUACGCAGAGGAAGUUGGUGAGAGAUGCAACGGGAAACAGUGGUGUAAAGUCAAAGCCAGUAACUAUGUGUUCGGAGAUCCCUGCUAUGGAACCUACAAGUACCUGGAGGUGGAAUAUAUUUGUUACGAGGUUCCCCAGUCGUGCCCAGAAUAGAAGCAGAAGUCGCCUUCUUCAUCAGGAUGUUGAUGAAGACUCUGGUGCUGCUGCCCCAACAGAUGAUGGCUGAAGACAACAAACUGAGAGAAGAUCUGCAGCAUCUUGUUGAAAACCUGGAAGGAUCUUAGCGUCCUCAAGAAGCUGACAGAAAAUAAUCUGAAUUACAAUUAAACAUAACAAAUAAAGUAAUAUCACAGAUUAUAGCUUUGAAAAUCUUUUUAUUUUUCUUCCUGUUGUAUCAAACUUAAAGACAGUUUUUCUCUCCAACUGCUUCUCUUUGUAAACUUCUUCAGCCAAAAUAAAACAAAAAGCUGAAAGAG